AUGCGAUGCCUUUUUUGGAACAUCCGAGGAGUGGGUAACACUAGAGCUAGAGUGCAUCUUCGAGCGUUAGUGAACGAACAGAGACCGGACAUCAUUUGCUUGGCUGAACCGAAGCUAGUCGCUAAUAGAUUCCCUCAUCGUUUUUUCGCUUCAUUGGGAGUGAACUCAGAUUUAAUUUCAAAUGAACGGGAAGAGGGCAUUGACAAUAUCUGGUGCAUUUGGAAGAUGGGGCUGCAACGGCCAGUGAUGAUUCUUCAAUCUGAGCAGCAUAUUUCCAUGAAAGUGGAGCUAAAUGGGAUGAGUAAUAUUAUCUCAGUUGUCCACGCAAGCUGUUUCAGAGCAACUCGAAGGCAGCUAUGGGUUGAUUUGGCCUCGAUUGCAGGUAUGACUUGCCCCUGGCUAGUUAUUGGAGAUUUUAAUGCUUAUUUAUAUGCAGGCGAUAAAAGAGGUCCGGGCCGUUUCAACAUUGGGUCAGCAGAGGAAUUUGCUUCCAUGCUAGAGGCGGCAGCUCUUAUGCCAAUUCACUCAAUAGGCAGCAAGUACACUUGGACUAACAAUAGAAGGGUGGGCAACGUGCAAGCAGUGCUUGAUCGUAGCUUCUGUAAUGAUGUUUGGGAUCAGCACUAUGAUGGAUGUGUUCAACGAGUGCUACUCCGAGGCUCCUCUGAUCAUGCACCCCUGAUGGUCUGUAGUGAGGCUGUGCCAAGGCCAAAUAAUAUCCCUUUUCGCAUGAAUAGGUUCUGGGCAGAUCAUGGAGAUUUCUGUAGAGUGGUGCGCAGAUCUUGGGAGGAACCGGUUCAUGGUUCACCAAUUUUUGUGGUUCAUUCCAAGCUGAAAAGGCUAAAAGGCCAAUUGAGGGAAUGGGCAAGGGAAACAUUCCCCCAUGUAGAUCAUGAAAUCAAUCGUACCAGGGGCGAGCUUGAACAGAUUCAAGGACUAUUGGAUGCGGAAGGGUUCUCUGAGGCAUUAUUUGAGAGAGAAGUGCAGGCUCGUCAUGUUUAUAACCAAGCUCUUGAAUUGCAAGAGAAGCUUUGGGGAGAAAAAUCAAGAGAGAAAUGGAUGAAAUUUGGGGAUCGUUGCUCUAAAUAUUUCCACCUCACAGCUAGAAUGAGGCGUGUUAAGAACACCAUUCGCGAUUUAGAUAAAGAAGACGGCUCGGCCUUGAUGGAUCAAAAGGAGAUUAGUGAUCAUCUAGUGGAUCACUUUGAAAACUUUUUCAAGAGUGGGGGGAGAGAUAGAGAUGCGGCUCUUCUGACAGUUAUCCCUACCCUGGUAACAGACCAAGAUAAUGCCAUGCUGUCCAAGAUCCCUUCGCAUGACGAAAUCAGAACAGCUAUUUUUGAUUUGGACCCAUCUAGCGCACCAGGACCAGAUGGUUACCCAGGUACCUUCUUUAGGGCAUGUUGGAAUAUCAUUAGCAGAGACGUCUGUCGUGGCAUUCAGAGCUUCUUCAGGGAAGGCAUUGUCACUAAAGGGGUGAAUUGUAAUUUUCUCUGCCUGAUUCCAAAGGUUGAGAACGCCAAAAAGGUGGGGCAGUUUCGCCCUCUUUGCCUGGGGAAUUUCUUUUUUAAAAUCAUCCCUAAAAUAAUGGCGAUCAGAUUGUCUUCCAUUCUACACAAGCUAAUUUCUUCAGAGCAAGGGGCUUUCCAGAAAGGCAGAGUUAUUUUUGAAAAUAUUGGAGUGGCCUCAGAACUUACAAAUCUGCUGGAUGUUAAAUGUAGAGGAGGUGGCAUGAGUAUGAAACUAGACAUUCAAAAGGCGUUUGACACGCUAGAGUGGAGCUUCCUGUUUGAUGUUCUUAGUGCCUUUGGUUUUUUUCAACUGUGGAUUAAUUGGGUGCAUCAAAUUCUAAAAUCUACUCGGAUAUCAAUUUUGAUUAAUGGAGGGCCUGCCGGUUUUUUUGGGAUGGAAAGAGGGUUGAGACAAGGUGAUCCACUAUCCCCACUCCUCUUUAUUUUAUCUGAAGAGGUGCUAUGCAGAGGGUUGUCUGAUCUGCGUAAUAGAGGAUGGAUUAAUGCCCUUGCAGGACCACGCCAGGUGAGAACACCCUCCCACCUAUUGUAUGCUGAUGACCUUUUUAUUUUUAUGAAGGCAAAGCUGGCUAAUAUUAGGCGUGUCAAGCGAUUCCUGGAGGCCUAUGGAGAGUACUCGGGUCAGGUGAUCAACCUUGCUAAAAGCAAAGUCUUCUUUGGUCGUAUCCCAGCAAAUAGAAGGCAGAGAAUUUUAUCAGUUCUUCAAAUCCCAGUGUGUACCUUCCCAACAAAGUACCUAGGAGUGUUUUUAAAGAAGGGCAGGGUGAAACAAGGCAUGAUUCAGCCACUUGUUGAUCAAUUCAAGAGUCGACUGGCGUCUUGGAAGGGGCGCCUUCUCUCCAUGGCAGGGCGGGUUGAGCUAGUUCGAACUGUGAUGGGAAGUAUCCCAGUGCACAAUUUUUCAGUAUAUCUUUGGCCGGUGGACACUAUCGAGGUUAUGGAGAGAUGGAUUCGCAACUUUAUUUGGACCGGUGAUGCUGACUGCUCUAAGGCUAUCACAGUUCGAUGGGAUAGUCUAUGCAAACCCAAAAAGGAAGGUGGUCUCGGUGUUCGACGGUUACGAGAUCUCAAUUUGGCUCUUAUUGCUAAGCUUGCUUGGACUAUAUAUACAGAUCAGUCUACAUUUGCAACUUUUUUGAGAGGUCGUCUAGUGAAAGCAGAUGGGACCCUCAAAACGGCUGUUGGUACCUCCACGCUCCUCCCAGGACUGAGAAGAGUUUGGGAUUUUAUACGGGCAGCGGAGAGAUGGGUGGUGGGAACCGGCAAUUCAGUUAAUUUCUGGUAUGAUAAGUGGAUACAUAACCAAAGCAUUGAGGACCUAGUCUUACCCCUCCACAUUCCACGCAAUCUAUCAGCAAAGGUGGCGGAUUUUUGGGAAGAUGGAAGCUGGGUUCUGCCGGCAGUCCAAGAACCAGAAAUUCAAAAUGUUUUCACAGUGAUCCAAGGCAGUGGAAUAGCUUGUCACAGUAGACCUGAUAUGCGCUUUUGGGCUCACUCAUCCACAGGCCGAUUCACAGUUAAGACUGCUUGGGAGGCUUUGCGCAUAAAGGCGGCUACACCUGAGUGGGUUUCAGAUAUUUGGAACCGAGACCUUCUUCCACGCACUGCAGUAUUUGGCUGGAGGCUAGCGCAUGGCGUUCUUCCCACUGAUCACAUGGUAUGUCGCAAAGCAGUUCCUCUAGCAUCAAGAUGUGACCUUUGUUACAUGGACUGUGAAACGAUCCAACAUUUGUUUCUUGAAUGCGCGUUUUCGCGACAAGUUUGGAUGGAGGUGCUAUUUGCUUUCAAUCAGAGCUGGAGUGGCUUCCCAACCAUUGAGCUACUAUUUUCUUGGUGGCGCAGGAAGACCAAGGCAGUAGCCCUCCCUAAGGCAUGGGGCGCAUUACUGAUUAUAAGUUGUAAAAAUUUAUGGUGGGAGCGCAACAGACGUCGCCAUGAAAACUGCAAGAGAACUCCAGCCGAAGUGGCAAAGCUAUGCUUUAAGGAAGUUGGGGAUUGCACAUGGGCGAAAGGGGUACAAGUAAAAACGGUGCAAGACCUUGCCUUGGCUCGUAUGCUAAAAGUCACAAUCUCAAAACCAGCUGUUAAAAGAAUAGUAGAAGUGCGAUGGAAGCAACCACUACAAGGUUGGUGGAAAUUGAACAUCGAUGGCUCUUCCUUGGGCAACCCAGGAUCAAUUGGAGCAGGGGGAAUAAUUCGGGAUCACUUAGGAGCGGUUUUAAGAUGCUUCUCUCAGUACCAAAGAGUGGGCUCAAACUACAUGGCUGAGCUGGGGGCCUUUUUUACUGGAGUUGACCAUGCUAGAGAAAUGGGAGCUGAAAAUAUUUGGAUUGAAUGCGACUCGGAGGCGGUCGUCUCUACAAUUCUCUCUAGUAAGCUUCCUUGGUAUCUAAUGAAUAAGUGGUGGAAGGCCUCAUCUUUUCUGGACACUAUCAGGUGGCGAAUCACUCAUUGCUACAGAGAAGCAAAUUCUGCAGCUGAUGCGCUUGCAACCCACGCAGCGAAAAGGAAAUGCACCACUUGUUGGACUAGUCCACCCCAUUUUAUUAUGCAGACUGUCUAUUGGGAAGCGCUAGAACGGCCUUUCUAUAGAUUUACUUAG